UGCACUUCUCCACAAAUUCGAAACCUGUUGGCGGAGGAACAACAAAAAAUCUAAAAGUCAAGUGCACUUCCUUCUGUGUAAUUACCCCCAAAAUGAGUCUUUCAUCUGCUAUAUAAGAAUAUUCCCCAUUGGAUGCAAAAGAUUGCGAAAUAUUUAGCUCAGGGUGGCAGAAAUGGUUCCCGUAGUGCUAACAUUCGUCCGGAAGAUUUGCCAACGAGACGUAAACUGGACACAUUUCUGUUGGAGAAGUUGACUGGAUUUUGGCGCCAUAUUAUUCUAUAGAUCAGAGGCUUUGGUUAACGAUGGCUUCAGUUAAAGUUGCUGUCAGAGUAAGACCUCUGAACAACAGGGAAAACAACAUGGGGGCAAAAACUAUUAUAGAAAUGGAAGGCAAAAAGACCAGAAUUUAUAACGUUAAGGGGACGAAUGUCACAGGAGAAGGAGAAAGGAAGAACUAUGUUAAGGAUUUUUCCUUUGAUUAUUCUUACUGGUCUGCAGACGAGAGAAGCCGCCAUUUUGUAAACCAAGAAAGAGUUUUCAAAGACUUGGGAACAGAUGUAGUAAAGGCCGCUUUCGAAGGUUACAAUGCCUGUAUCUUCGCAUAUGGACAGACCGGAUCUGGGAAAACAUACACCAUGAUGGGACAUAAUGGGGAUACAGGUCUUAUCCCAAGGAUUUGUGAGAACAUGUUCCACAGAAUGACAGAAAACUCUAACGCUGAUGAUGGCCUGUCAUUCAGAACAGAAGUCAGCUAUUUGGAGAUUUAUCAAGAGAGGGUGCGAGAUCUCUUGAGGCCCCCUACUAAGGGCAGGGCUGCACACUCCCUGAGAGUGAGGGAGCACCCUAAAGAAGGGCCUUAUGUUCAAGACCUUACCAAGCAUUUGGUAUCUGACUAUGCUGCCAUUGAACACCUUAUGGAACAAGGGAACUCUCACAGAGUAACUGCAAGUACAGGGAUGAAUGAUGUCAGUAGUAGAUCUCAUGCCAUUUUCACUAUGAACUUCACUCAGGCUAAAUUUGACAUGGAGCUUCCCUGUGAAACUGCAAGCAAAAUUAAUUUGGUCGAUUUGGCAGGAAGUGAGCGUGCUGAUGCGACAGGGGCAACAGGAGAGAGGCUUAAGGAAGGAGCUAACAUCAACAAGUCUCUUGUGACACUGGGAACCGUCAUAUCAGCCUUAGCUGAUGCAUCUACUGGUCACGGUUCCCAUGGCAGCCACCAUAAGUUUAUCCCUUACAGGGACUCCGUCCUGACGUGGCUGCUAAAGGACAGUCUAGGGGGGAAUUCAAAAACCAUCAUGAUUGCAACUAUCUCUCCGGCGGAUGUGAACUAUGCCGAGACUAUGAGUACGUUACGAUAUGCCAACAGGGCCAAGAACAUUAUGAACAAGCCCACCAUUAAUGAGGAUCCAAAUGUGAAACUAAUCCGAGAUCUGCGAAGCCAGAUUGAGAAGUUGAAAGCUAUGAUAAGUCCGGAUCUCCUUGGCGAGGCAGAGUUGGCGGCAGCGAAGAAACUCUCUGAAAAUGAAGCACGAGUGACUCAGCUAACAGACAAAUGGAAGGACCGAUGGAAAGAGACACAGAAACUUUUGCAGGAGCGAGAGAUGAAGCUACAAGAAGAAGGCGUGGGGAUAAAAAUGGACUCUAUCCUCCCCCAUCUGGUGUUGGUGGAUGACGACUUGCUUAGCACAGGCAUUACAGUUUACCAUCUAAAGGAAGGGAAAACUACGGUUGGCCUUACGAAUCCGAACUCCACACAAGACAUUGUUAUCAGUGGCCCAGACACUCAGGCAAAUCACUGCGAGUUCGAGCACACCAAGUCAGGAACUGUCAUCCUUAGUCCACUCGAGUCAUUGUGUUACGUCAACAACAAUGAGAUUAAUAAGCCAACACGCCUUAAACAAGGUGACGUCAUUAUUCUCGGCCAGACCAACGUGUUUCGGUUCAACCACCCGAAGGAAGCCGCGGAGCUCCGGGAGAAGAGAAAGGGGGAACCAACACCGUCGGUACCUGGCAUGCCGUCCAUUGCUUGGUCUACCAAGUUCAGGAGUGAGACUGACCUAGUCUUCCGCAAACUAGGCGAUGAAAAUCUCUCCAAGCAGUUGGAGAAAGCAAGGAGCGAGCUUGAAAAGCAGAAACUUCACGAGGGACAGAAGCUCGAGGAAGCCAGGCAUGAGUUUGAAAAGCAGAUCCAAGAAGAGGGACGCCAGCUGGAGGAGAUGAGGGCGGAGCUUGAACGCCAGCGUAAGCUGCACGCUAUGGAGGCGCAGAACGUCGAAGAGGCCAGGCAACGCGUAUCAGAAUUAACCAGGAAGCACGAGAUCGCUGACCUCGAGCGCACCUCACGAGAGAAGGAGCUAAAGAGAGAAAUCGAAAAUCGUGCUCAGGAAAUCAAGGAAAAGGCUAUGCAACUCGAGACACUUCGUGAAGAGAGCGAGUACGUCAAGCAAUGCGCUCAGAAGGAAGUCGAUACGCUGAAAGAAACAAUAAGGCUUCAAAAGGAGGCUCAACUACUCGAGCUUAAUCGCGAUAUGUCGAGAAUAAUGGAGUUGGAAGCUGAAAAGGAGGGCUUAAAAGAAUUACUGGAGGCUGAGAAAGACAAAAUGAAGGCGAUGUGGGAUUUAGAAACGGAAAAAGUUAAAGAGCAGAACAAUAAAUUGAAUUGUCUCCGGAGAGACUACGAGAGAAAGUUUAACUCUCUAGAGGAGGCAAGAAGUGAUGCAAUGUUUCAGCGUCAGCAGUUUGAAAAAGAAAAGCAGCUAGCCUUAUUGAAAAUACAGGAGAGCUCAACUCGCCUGACUAAUUCAAAGCUCGAGAGAGAAAAGGCUUUACAGAUAGCCGAAGGAGAUUUGAAUAAAAAGAAAGAUUUGCUCGAGUUGGAAAUUGCUGAGAAAAAAGCUGAAUUGAACGAAGAGCGAAAAUAUUUCGAGGACCAGGUGUCUGAGCAUGAAGCCACGAUGGAUUUUGCCGCUGACAAUCUGGCAGAUGCGCAGGCGCGCCUUGACCUGAGGACGAAAGAAGAAAAUAGAAAGAUCGAAGAAGCCAAGGAAAAAUUUGCUGAGUUACAAACAAGGUUAGCUAAGUCGGCCAAAGAACUAGAGGAGGAACUAGAGAGAAAACGGGAAGACUACAACACUGCUGCGGACGAAAGAAGAUAUCAAAUGGCUAAGAAGAAAGAUACUUUGCAAGCGACAAGAAGUGAGUUAGAAACGUUGGUAAAAGAUCUCAGUACGAAAACAGGGAAAGAGAGGCUAGCUCUAGAAAAAGAAAUACAAAAGAAGGACAAGAUAUACGCGGAACAGAAAGCUUAUUUGCAUCAGCUGGAAACAGAAGAUGCCAAAAUAAGGCAAGCUGUGGAUCAAGAAUUGGAUAAUGAAAUGUCAGCACUGACGAAGCAGCUUGAACAAAAUCAGGCAUUUCUGAAACUGGAGAGAUUAAACCUAGAAGAGCUACAAGAUGCCAAAGCUGCAGCAAUCAGGAAGGACGAACUUCACCUGAAGGAAGCUCAAGAGAAGUACAAUGAGGUGAAGAUCUUGCUGAGCGAGAGCAAGAAGCACUUGCACGGUAUUGAUGUCCGGUUUAGCAAGGCUGUCGGUCAGCAUGAACAGGAGUUACUGAGGUUGUCCCAGAACCUGGAGCAGGAUUUAGCGUCCAGGGGUCAGCACGAGGAUGUGUAUGGUCUGAGAGAGCACAGGAUUCGUCUGAAGGAGAUUGAUGUGGAGGGGAAACUGCAGGUAACGGAUAAAAAGGAGGAAGUCGGUCGGAAUGUAGAGCGGCUGAGCACCGAUAUCAAGAGACUCAGUUUUGAGCUGGAGGACAUCGAAAAGACGCAAGAGAAAUCUGAGGCUGAUCUAACGCAAUUCCAGUCGCACAUUGAACGCGAGAGGCGGGAUGAAAUAGCGACCAUAGACGCGAUGCGUGAAAGCCUCCAAGACAUGGAGGAAGAGGCGAGUUUGUCACAGAGUCUGUCCGAAGAUGAGAUCCAGUACAGUUCGGCCGACAACCAGCUAAAGACGUUACUAGAGAAAGAGAGAUUACGUGUCCAGAUGGAAAUGCAAAAGAAGCUACAAGACAUGGAAGCGAGGCAACGUCAAGAAAUGGAGUACUUCAAACAACAACACACCAUGUCGCUAGACAAUCUGGAACAGGAACGCCUGGAUUUGGAACGACAGAAAGAGGAACUGGAAAGAGAGAUGCAGAAGGAAAAAGUUGCACUGGACAAGGAACGGCGGAUGUUGGAGCGUGAGAAGCUGGAGGAGAUAGACACAAUUAUCAGACAUAAGGAGACCGAGAUAGAAGAUCUGAAAGAAAAGGCGCAGGUGGAGAUUGACGAGCUGCGAGAUCGACUUGAUGAGACAGAAAGGGAAGUAGUCCAGUUGCAAGAAAGACUCACAGUCUACACAUCAAUGGCUAGUAUCAAUCUUCCCCACGACCCAGACGACCUUGCUGAUCACGAAGUCAUGGACUACAUGUACAGAGAAGAUAACGACAUGUAUGGCAGCCAACUUAGCCUGACAGGAUCAGUCACGCCCCCUCGUAUAACUCCGCCCCCUACACCUGUCAAUCAAUUCCUUACGUCAGUGAACAACAUGCGGCGAAACCAGAUCCAGGUCCAGAUCCCGCGGUACAUCCUGCGAGGACAAGGCAGAGAUUCAUACCACGUGUUCGAAGUUAAGGUGACCAUAGCAGGGGACACCUGGUCUGUGUAUAGAAGGUACCGCAAGUUCAGAGAGCUCCACAACACGAUGAAGAGAUUAUACAUCGAGGUUGGUGAACUGGAUUUUCCUCAUCGCAGAUUUUUUGGCAAUCGAGCCGAGGAGUUUGUACGUGCGAGACGAGCACAACUCGAGACGUACCUGAAGUCAUUCAUUAGUCUGUGCGCGAGCCUACACGACUGCCCCAUCUCCGCAUUCUCAGGCAGACUUAUCGCCAAGAGAGACCUCUGUGACUUUGCGCCCUUCUUCAAGCAAGGCAUAUUCGAACAGACUAAAACCUAUUCAGGUUAGAAUAGAAAGACUCACUUAAGUGCAAUCGAGUGAAUUAUAGAGUUAACAAUCUGUUAUUCAUUUGCCCCAAACAUUGGGCUUCCUGUGUUAGCAAAACCACAGGAGAGCCCAACGAACUGUUAAGGUAUUGCGUUGCGUGACGCGGAAUAAUGUAACGCUGUGUCACAAUAUUAGUUCACAGUCACAUGCCGUAAAUUUACAAACUAGAAAUUUAGAUUUUUACAACUAAUUCGGUAGAUUGUGUAGAUUGGUAGAUUAGCUUGGUAAUUGUAAAAAUAAGAUGUCUCAAAAAUAUGACCCUUAGAAUUGCCUAUCAAAGAAAUAUUUCAAAAAUAGCAUUUAUUAUGUAAUUUUUGAUAAGAAAAUGUCCACGCCCUUAGUAUUUUAUAAGCACAUUUCCAAGUGGACUCAAUCGCAUUAGGACGUGAUAAAUUUGCAGCUGAAUACGCCGUUGGCCCAAUAGAUUUGAGAUAUUGUCGCGUGUAAGAAAUAUUUAUGAUAGUAGAAUUUUUAACAUAUUUAACUAUAUGGAAGUAUUACAUGCGAAUGCAGUGAAAAUGAUGUGUGCCGUGACAGCAAAUGUGAAAUUUAAAAGUUUCAUCGCUUGUAUUUUUGAAAAUGAAUAUUUUACCAAAAAUGUUUACAGCCUUAGAAUAAGAGCACAUGCGUCUUAUCUCAGUCCAUUUAUAAUGUUUAACAAACGAGUGGUUUCUCAUUCUUUAUUCGGGUGUCGUAAGUAUAACACCCGGUCAUAUUUUACAACAAACAUUGACAUUGAUAAUAGCUUAACACUCAAACAGAUGUAUUCACGAUGCUACAAGAGUUCAAAAUAAAACACAAAAUAAAAUGCUAAA